AUGAAAUAUCCCCUCUAUGAAAUAUCUCCUCUAUAAAAUAGUCCCUCUAUGAAAUAUCUCCUCUAUAAAAUAUCCCCUCUAUGAAAUAUCUCCUAUCCCCUCUAUGAAAUAUCUCCUCUGUGAAAUAUCCCCUCUAUGAAAUAUCUCCUCUAUGAAAUAUCCCCUUUAUGA